CACGUCCUCACGCUCGACUAAACUGAACUGUGAAAGGGAGACCGAGUAAAAUGGCUAUGAGGGAAGAUGACAGAUUGAAAGGCCCGUUUUCACAUUUGAAGCUAUCGUCAUGGGAUCCUCUACGAUCUGCUACUAGAGAAGUUUGUCCCAAGUGCAAGUCUUCGAGAAAGGUCUACUGCUACGACUGUUUCCAGUUCCUACCCAACAUUGACCCUACUUCCAUUCCCAGAAUCUCACUCCCCGUUCCAGUAGACAUAAUAAAGCACAGUCAGGAGGUGCAGGGGAAGAGCACGGCAACCCAUGCCGUGAUGCUGGCACCAGACAAUGUCUCCAUACACACCUACCCCUCCCUACCGCCCUUUUCUGACCCCAACAAAUGUCUUCUCGUCUUCCCAAGAGAGGGUGCACUUUCAGUGUCAGAGUGGGUGAGACAGAACGGAACGGAGACGGCUGGAGGUGGAAUGGACUGGAGGCAGGUCGAGAGGGUGGUGUUCAUUGACAGCACAUGGAUUCAGACCAGGAAGAUUCUCAAGGCAUUUUCAUAUUUAUUGUCCUCAUUCCCAACCUCAAACAAGGCCUAUUGGGAAUGAGAGGCUAGUUCUCCCUUCCCUUCCUCCCUUCCCUUUCUCCUCUCCUUCCGUGUCCCUGCCCUCUUCUACUGAUUACUAUGCUACGUUAAUAUGUAUACAGGAUGUCGAUCAUCUACCAUGUGUGGUGCUUACAAAUGAAGAAACUCAUUUCUGGAGACCACAGACCAAGACAACAUCACAUCUAGCUACAAUUGAAGCAAUUUACUACUUCUUCAGAGAGACUUGUCAGCCACCGGAGGCCUAUAAAGGAGAGUAUGACAAUCUACUCUACUUCUAUGCCUACCAGUACAAUGUAGUCCACGAGGCUAUGGAUAAGAGAGCUCGAGAUGUAGAACUCUGAACCAUACAACCACUUUAUCAUGACCUGAGCUAUUUAUUAUACAUCAUUUUGCAGUUAUUCGCACAAUUUUAUCAGCGCAAUUUUGUGAGAAGUGACCAAAAUUUUUGUUCAGUAGUUCAAGAAAUCAAAACUUCCCCAAAAUUCCCACUAUAAAUAUUAUAAUGCACAUAUAUUAUACAGCUAUAAAUUUGAAAGUGGCCAUAAUGUCUAGGUCAACUCAAAUUGUCGGCAAAAUAAUCAGUCACAGGUUCCCUCACUGCAGGGGUCUUGGUCCUCUCAAUUUCCAGGGGGCCCGAAAUUUUACCGGGGGACGACCCCCUCUCUGAGGGGAGAUUGACUGGAGUGGGUGUGGCCACUUUCAGUCUCUCUUUGUCAAGCAUUUUCAUGAGAGACAAGGUCGGGAAUUUGGCACGACAU